CCGACUAGACUUGUGCCGCGCCCCAGAACACUUGAGAAUGGGCUGAUGUAGCUGCACCUUGACGCAUGUAACUGAGGAGACAUUGUGGCGCCUAGCCCUCGACAUUUUCUUGUGGUAGCCGUAGGAGCAGUGGUCAAACCUCGGGUCUCACUAGCCUUGUCCAGGGGAUCCCUGCGACAGCUGUCCCAGGCGCUAGACGCCCUGUUGUCUGGCUGGCUGACGCACACUCAUUUCCCCUGCAGACUCUGCCUGCGCCCCCAUCUAACAGCUGCUACCGCUUCGCUCACUGACCGCAAUGUGUGUCCCCUCGUCUUCUUUCGCCGCCAACAUGCCCCCGAGCCAGCGCUGUGGGCUGCUGGGACGGUGAGAAUGGCCGCCGCAAGCAACAGCAUCGCAAGCAGCGCCCCCGACCAGCGCCAGCUUCGCCUGAUCGCUGCCGCCGCUCAGGUCAACGACGCCCGCAUACGCGACAUCCUCGACGAGGAGCCCCACGGCUGGUCGUCCACCGCCGACCGCGAUGCCCUGCGCCAGUCGCUCCAGAAGGUUGCCGCUCGCGGCCGCCUCGACCUCGUUCGCCUGCUGCUGGACCACGGCGCCGACCCCGACGCCAAGCCCGGCCGCGACAACGAGAUCCCCGCCGUCUUCAAGGCCGCCGAGGGCGCCCACGCCGCCGUCGUUGCCGAGCUGCUCGCCAAGGGCGCCGACCCGGACUGGUCGCACCCGCGCACCGGCCUGACCGCGCUCUACGUCGCCGCAUUCAGAGGGCACAACCAGGUGGUCAAGGCACUGCUAGAGGGUGGCGCCGCCGUCGACGGGCCCAGAAAAGACACCAAGGAGAGCGACAAGCUCGACGGGCGCACGCCGCUUCUGUACCUCGCGUCGGAGAAGAAGGCGGACAAAUGGAACAUCGAGACUCUCAAGCUGCUGGUCGACGCCGGCGCCGAGCUCGAGGCCAAGGACCGGAACGGCCGCACUUCGCUGCUCUGGGCCGCCACGACCGGCAAUCUCAGGCUCAUGGACGCGCUGCUCUGUGGCACCCUGGGCCAGGCCGCCGACCCGAGCGCUACCAACAACCGCGGCCGCACGGCCUUGCACCUGGCAGCGGAGCAGAACCACGAAGACAUGGUGCGACUGCUCUUGCGCUGGGACGCUAAGCCGUCGGCGGCCAGCGAUGGCGGCUGGACGGCCCUUCACAACGCCGCCCAGGCCGGCAAUGUCGGCGUCAUCGCGUUGCUGCUCGAGCACGGCGCCGCCGUCAACGCCGUCCUCAGCAACGGCAUGACCCCGAUGCACUGGGCCGCCUUCAAUGGCCACAAAGCCGCCGUGGAGCUCCUGCUGACGCGCCCCGACGCCGACCUGUCCAUCAAGGACGGCUUCCACCGCACCCCGAUGCUGUGUGCUGCCGAGAAGCAUUAUGCCGACGUCGUUCGCGUACUCUCGCCCACGCGCGGCGCCGAAAGGCUGUCGCCCGCGGCCCGGGGCGCCUGCGAGCAGUUCGAGGCGACCGUUGUCGACUUUGGGGAUUUUGCCAAGAAGCAGAUGGUUUUUCGCCACUCCGUCUACGAGGUGCUCUAUGGCGACAAGGUGCCCACCAUCACCAAGCACAUAAAGCACGACCCGUCCUUUCGAUGGAUCCACCUCCCAGCCAAUAACCUUGCAUGGGUCGAGACGCUCAUAGCCAAGCACUUUGUCGAGAGCGGCCAUCGCGAUAUCGAGGCAUACAAGUCUCUGGAGAGGUGCUUUGAUCAGGAGCACUGCGGCCCCUUUGCCCAUGAUAAUUUUAUGCGCCUGUUCUCGCAGCGCAUUCCUGCCUCCCAGGGUGUGCGGUCAGAGAAGGACGAGAAGCCCAUGACGACUCUAUCCGAGGAAUCGUCGGAAGCCAACACCACGGCGGCGGUGGCGAGCCUGUCCGGGAGCGACGUAAUCUCGCCCAAGCAUUCUCCUCGGCCAGACAAGCACUCGUUCCAGUCUCCAAACAAGGCCCUUGGCCGGGCAGACACGGGCACCAGCAGCGCCACCCCGCGGUCAGAGGGCAGCAGGAAGAAGACAAAAGGCGAGCAAAUAGCCGAAAGACAUCCCAAGAGCCGGAAAAGAAGCAACGGGCCGCCUGGCAAUGCCCCUGGGACCAAGCAGCGAGCCAUGACCCCUACAUCACUGCCUCUUCCUUGGGAGAACUCCAAGCUUGUCGCGCCAAGUGGGAGUCUUGUGCUGUUUAUGCCGUUCCUUCAUUACGAGACGGACGAAAGUCGGAAAAAGAUGGCCGAGGUUAUAGACAAGGCGCAGUCUACUCAGACUGAAGACAUGGACACGGCGUACCGCGAGCAAGCGGAGCUCCUGGGCAACGCGACACCAGACGAGUUGCUUAUUCGAGGCUACCUCCGCCACAAGCCGGGCCUGCACCCGCGUCGAACCCUAGAUCAAUACUUUUAUCACGGCAUCGAUACCUCUCAGCGAGACGAAGACCAGGUCGUGUAUCGAUACUGCUUAAACAACGACACCAAGUCGGUCAAGGUCUUCAUGGUGGAUCAGCUUUGGAUGUGGGUCAUCGACCGCAACCUCAUAAUUACAUGCUUCCCCCAGCGCUGGGGCCAGCCCAAGCCCGACCCGCUCAAUGUCUUGGACGGCAUAAUCGAGGAGACGAAUGCAAAGACUCGUCCGCCCGUGCAGUCUGUCUAUGACCUCGCCAUGCUGAUCACAGAUCGCUGCGCCGGGCUGUUCGAUCGCCACCGCAUGGACGAUGAAUACCAGUUCCUGGAGAUGUUUGAGAGCUCCAUCGGACACGUCACCGACGAGGAAAGCAAGUUGUUUGUGCGCUUCAACCGCGCCUCGGAGCAGUCGGGGCGGCUGCGACGCGAGCUGCUGAAGGAGGGCAAGAGCUUGUUCUCAGCACCAACCCGCCGGGGCGGGAGCGAGAAUGAAGACGACGACCGCGACCCGGCCGACGAGCUGCUCGAGAUCGGCCACGAGACGGAGCUGCUGGCCGAGAUCAAGGACAUUCGGGACGAGCUCAACAUCUUGGACACGGUCCUUGGCGGCCAGUACGAGCUGCUGAAGGACUUUGCCCAGCACGUGGAGGAGGAGCUCAGAUCGUCGACGGCCGCAGAUCCGUCGGCGCGCCGGGCCACCGACAUGUUUGUGGCAGAGUGCCGACGGCGAUCGGCCUACCAGGGCCGACUGCUCGAGACGCGGCUCGGCGACAUUGAGCGCAUGGAUCGACAGGCUCAGAGCAUCUUGUAUUCGCUUACGAACCUGCUUGAUCUCAAGCAAAAGCACUCCAACGCUCUCGAAGCUCGGUUCGCCCGCGACCAGGCCGUCAUCGCGGCCAAGCAAGGCCAGACGGUCAUGGUCUUCACCCUCGUCACCAUCCUGUUUCUGCCCAUCGGCUUCAUCGCCGCCUUCUUCGCCAUCAACUUUGAGGAGUGGGGAGGCGCGCGGCUGACCAUCCCAUACGUGGCGAAGUACAUGUUCAGCGUCGGUCUAGGCAUCUCGGUUCCUCUCAUCAUCAUGGCCUUCACCAUCACCGACAUAAUCGAUGCAAUCAACGGCUUCUUCGCCAGCGUCCGCGACCGGAUCCUCGAGCUCUACCGAUUCGUGACGGGCAAGAGUCGCAGGAGCAAAAAGGCCGAGCUGGAUCGGCGGAAGAGCGUGGCGUCGUGGCGGACCGGCAGGCAACCCCACGACGGCGGCGACGACGACGGCCCGCCCCUCGGGGACAAGGCUACGGCGCGCGUCUCCAUAUCCCGGCCGCGGCCGUCGAUGACGGCGGGCGGGGAGCACCGCCUCGCCGCCGGCACGGGCGGCGGCAACCCCUGGCCGCCGAGCCGGCGCAGCUACCACAGCACCAGGGUGGUGACGCCACCGCCCUCGAGCGGCAGCCCGCGCCACCACCACCUCCCCCCACUCAGCAGCCUAGCGACAGACUAUGAUCAGGCCCAGCUGGGCUACGGCCGCCGCGUGUCGCCCUCGUCCCCGCACCACCUCCAGCCGCCGGGCAGAUCGCGCGGGUUCAGCGGCGGGAGCGCCGGUGCGGGCAUCUCGUGGGCCGCGGAGCGCCCGAGCUUUGAGCGGGCAGGGGCGCGGUCGGGCUGGGACGAUGGUGGGGAUUUGGAAAAGGGGAGACAGGUGGAUCAGAGGCUGCGGUAAUACCAUAAUGAAUGUGUACGACAACAUAAAAAUAUCAAGUUUUAAAGGCUUUUUGACUGCGACAAGGGGAUGUCUUGAGAACUGUGGGUCAGUCUGACGGAGCUCGACAAUGCCGUGAGAUUUCAGCUUUCACCGCGCUUGGACAAGGUUACGAUAUACGACGAUUACCACGUGAAGUCCAUUUAUAUACAAAUGCAGCAACUGUUGGUCG